AUGUCUGAAGCUACUUCUACCAGAAAGAGAUCAUUCAAGGCCUUCUCUUACAGAGGUGUCGACCUCAAGGACCUUUUGGAGCUCUCCACCGAGGACUUCGCUAAGUUGGCCCACGCCCGUGUCAGAAGAAGAUUCCAAAGAGGUUUGAACCAAAAGCCAUACGGUUUGAUCAAGAAGUUGCGUGCUGCUAAGCUCGCCGCUGAGCCAAAUGAGAAGCCAGCUGUUGUCAAGACCCACUUGAGAAACAUGGUUGUCGUUCCAGAGAUGAUUGGUUCCGUCGUUGGUGUUUACAACGGUAAGACCUUCAACCAAGUUGAGAUUAAGCCAGAGAUGGUUGGUCACUACUUGGGUGAGUUCUCCAUCACUUACACCCCAGUUAGACACGGUAGAGCUGGUGUUUCUUCCAACAGAUUCAUCCCAUUGCGUUAAGAUACUGUCAUUGGUUUGGUUUGUAUAUUUACUGAAAAAACGUUAAUGAAAGAUUGCUCUCACUUUGUAGGCUAC